GGUUUGAUUUUGUAAGAAGAGACGAAAGAGAUAAAUGAACAACAAGUCUGUUUUGCUUUGUGAGAUCAAAGGUGUCAUUAACUGACUUUGUUGUUUGAAAGCCUGUGUUUGGAGUUCAUUUUGGUCAACAAACUGUUCAUGUAGAGUCGGAGUGGCAGACAAGAAAAGUCUGUCUUCCAAAGAGCUAAGAAAAAGGUGAGUUGGUGAGAGAGAGACGUCCUUCUCCAGAGAGGUACGUUUAUGAAGUUUUCAAGAACUCUACGUCCCAGUCCAGCUGCCAUCACCUCUUGAGGACAAGAGUGCUGUGACUGUAGAAACCCGCAGUCACUGUGCGCACGCACGUUGUGCACACACGUACGGAACCAAACAGUCCCGCUCUCAGCCUAGUUAGCCGGCUUCCAUGGACCCCGCUGGACCAACCGGACAGCUAGAAUAGAAGACAGUGUGGUGGUGGUUGCUGCAGAGGACGAAGACUUCCGUGGACCGUCAUCAUCAUCAUCAUCAUCAGUAGCAGCAGCAGCAGAACCCUCCGCAAGUGAUGGCCGGACACGAGUGGCAAGACUGGUUCGAGCGAGAGGAGUUUAUAGCCCAAAUCAGCGACAUCCGAGUGCAGAAUCUCCAAGUUGAAAGAGAGGAGGUUCAGAAGAGGACCUUCACCAGAUGGAUGAAUCUACAUUUAGAAAAGUGUGACCCUCCCAUCAAGGUCCAUGACCUUUUUAAAGACAUUCAGGACGGGCAUAUUCUCAUGGCACUAUUGGAGGAGCUCUCAGGCUGCAAGCUGCUGCAUGGAUUUAAGAAGUCCUCCCAUCGUAUUUUCAGACUCAACAAUAUCGCUAAGGUCCUCUCUUUCCUCGAGGAAAGAAAUGUGAAACUGGUCAGCAUUGAUGCAGCGGAUGUGGCUGAUGGAAACCCCUCCAUCAUCCUGGGCCUCAUCUGGAAUAUUAUCCUAUUCUUCCAGAUUAAAGAGCUGACUGGGAACAUUCGCAGCCAGUUUCCCUCCUCCUCCAGUCUGUCCUCCAUCCCGACCAGCUCAGAUUCUGACACAUCCUUUGGCAGCGCUCCAUCAGAACAGAGGCAGACGGCGUCCAUGGCCAUGCGAGAAAAUAACAAGGCCAUUAAGAAACUGCUACAGUGGGUGCAGAAACGAACACGCAAGUAUGGUGUCGCUGUUCAAGACUUUGGAAAAAGUUGGACAAGUGGUUUGGCCUUCCUGGCCAUCAUCAAAUCCAUUGACUCCACCCUGAUAGACAUGAGGAAAGCCCUGCUGAGAAAUGCCAAGGAAAAUGUGGAAGAUGCCUUCAGGAUAGCUCACUACAGCCUUGGGAUCCCACGUCUCCUGGAGCCAGAUGAUCUGACUACCAGUGCACCAGACGAACAGUCCAUCAUCACAUAUGUCGCUCAGUUCCUGGAGUACUUCCCUGGCAUAGAAGAACCUGAGGAGCCACACCAAAUCAUUGAACGGAGCAUCUCCAUGGGCCGACUUAACUUUGAAUCCGACCCUUUCCGGAGUGAUAUUCAUCGAGGAAGAGUGAAGGAGACGUCCUACAGGUUCCAGAGUGAUUAUUUGAAUAAACCACCCAAAAUCUUAAUCUCCUCAGUGUCGGAGGACAUGGGUACCAUGUCACCAGAGUUUGUCCCAGCUGCUGCACGGGCGUGGUCUGCCGAAGACGUCUUAGCAGAAUCUCCACACGUAGAAAACAUCUCUAGCCGUGUCCUUGCAGAUGCUGAGGAUCUCACAAGUAAGGAGAAACUAUUCCACAGCCAAUCGCUGAGCGACUCUUCGGUGCCCGAGUGUGUAAAUACUGAGUCGGUACUUGGUGACUCAGCCAUAGGAACACCAGAUUCGUUGAUGGAAAGUGACUUUGGGGUGAUAUCAGAGAAGUUCUGUGAGAGCAGAAGUGACAGUUUUUUGUGUGACAGUGAAGGUGAUGUUUAUCAUGCCAUCGCUGUGGAUGUAACCAGUCACGACGAGGGAUUUAUGCCGUUCUCAGAUGACGGAGACACUGCAGAGGCAUUUAGCGACCAAGAGACUGAAAUAAAAACGUCACCUGAGAGAAUGCUGGAACUAUUUGAAGGAGACUUUGAGGGGAAAGGAAGUAAAUCACAAGAAAGGGACAUUAUACUUGACAACAACUGGAGUUCUCUUGAGAACACAAAGGAACUAAUUGAAUCAUGUGAGGAAAAAGAAGUUGAAGUAUCAACUACGUGCAUGGCAAACUUUGAAAAUCACAACCAGGACUUGGUACGAGACCAAACAUUAUGUUUAGAAGGAAAAAUGAACUCUCAAACAGAGAGCACAAAUAUUUGCAAUGAGGAGGUCGGCGUCGGAAUGGAAACAGAUUCUGUGUGCGAAGAGGAAAAACGGGGACCGAGACUGGAAACAUUGAUUGUACACAGAGAAGAAGUACUUGUAGAAACACAAACUGAAGCAGAUCAAGAAGUUCUGAUGUGUGGCCAAUAUCCUGAAGACAGUAUAAACACAGAUACUGAUAACCCUUUGGUCACUACAAGUCUAACUAAGCAACAUGAAGAACCAGACCUUCCUCUUAGUUCUAUUUGUAGCGAGCCAGAAGAACAGAGCCAGCAGAAACCAUGUGACCUCUCAGAUACGCUGGCUUACACUGGUAAUGAUGAGAGAACUCAACCAGAGAAAACCACAUCAAAUGGAACCAAUCCAGUUUUCAGUGUCAAAAACGAAGAUGAACCGGAUUGUCAUUCUAGUCGCAAUGAUGAAAGAAACUCUGUUGAAAUUUCCUGCCAUUUGGAAGUCGCUGAUAUUGACGAAGAACAAGACUUCAGCAUUCCAAACACCACAGAUGAUGAGGAAACCAUGGAAAAGGGUUGUAAUCUGGGAGAACAUCCUCAGACGGUUUUCACUGACAUAGAUGGUAGGGGUCUGAAUUCCACAGAUUAUAAUUUUCAGCCAUUAAAAUCUGACCAGGAUGAACUGGGAGACAUCUUUUCUGAUAGUGACCCCACCGACACACAGCAGGUCAUGCUGAAUCAGUUAGAUUCUCCAGUGGACUGUGGAAUGGCUGUUUCUUGCUUUGAGUCCAAAGCCGUGGAUUCCCCAGAUGUAGCCGUUGGUAGAUGCUCUCCCUUAGAGGAUGUAGUUUGUGACCUAAUUGAACCAAUGGAUCUGUUCUAUCCAGACAAAGAGGAGCCAAUGAUGGCAGAGCCACUUUACAAUGAACUGCACAGUUGGCCGUCUGUGUUGAGUGUUUCAGCUCUGCAGCCAGCGCCAGUGUCAGAAACUUUACUCGAUGACGAAUCAGGCAUCGGACUGGAUAAGGAGUCAAGCAACCAGUUGGACGUUAAAUCAGACAAGAUAAACACCCAGUCCCACCAGGAAACUGAAAAAGCAUCAGAGUCCCAGGAGAGGCCAGUUUUACCUCGGGAAACGUUGGGAGGAGCCUUUGGUGAUGUUAUUGCAGCUGAUCACAGCAACAUCACUGAGGCCGAACAACAGCAGAGUUUACGCUGUGCUGGGGGAAGUACAGAGCUUGUGAGGAGUGAACCUGGGCCUCCAUGUUUUGGAGGUGACAGCCUGAUCCCUCAGUUACGUUGUAGAAAGGGUUCGAGGCUCAGGGUGUCUCCAGCUAGACUGCAGGGUGAUCAGCGAGAUGUGAAGGAAGUCGUCAAAAUAACAGAUGACACCAAUACUGUUUGUGGAAGUGAAAACCCAGAGUUUUAUCUGCUGUUGCUGCUCUGGCUACUGCUCUACUGUUUUUGGCUACUGCCACAGAUGGACGUGAGAAAACUGCCCAGUCUGCUGCUCAACUUCAACCACUAAAACACAGAUUGUAUACAAACGCACAAACACAGUUUUAACUGCCAUCCAAGCCUACAUUUCCUUUACACUAACUGUACUAUAAGGCUGAUAGUUGUACAACUUUUAGCUUUUUGCGUUUUGUCACCGUCUGUGCUCCUAAUGGGUUUAAUGACAUAUGACAGGGGUCACCAACUAUAUUUGUCGGAGGGCCAGAAUUUUUCUGGACAGAAAGCUUGGAGGCCGGACACUCAGAUAAAAUGAAAUAAAUAUCAAUUUAUUGUGUAACAUUAUUAUUUAAUGUUUAUUUUGGAAUCCAGUCGCGGGCCGGACUGGACAGUUCAGCCGUGCCAGAUUUGGCCCACGGGCCACCAGUUGAUGAUGAUGCUAUGAAAUUAUUUUAGGUAUGGAGUAACUUUAUUUUGAAAAAGAUAUAUCCUCCAGCAACUGUCUCCUCUGCUAAUAGUUGUUUGAUCUCACUGAUAAUGAUCACAUAGAUCUGAAGUAUCACACUCUGAAUAUUGUGUGCUUGGAAUUUUAUGCUUGAUAAGAUCUGUAUCCAUAUUUUAAAAUGUUUUAAGAUAACGCAUGUUUAUUGUAAAUGUGUGCUUGAGCUUGAAGUUGAUUUGACAAAGAAAUAUAUUUCUACUAUGUGUCGUGUCAAUGAAGGUUUACGGCAAAGCAACUAUUUUUUUGACCCUUUAUUCUUUUGGCCGUCAUUAAUUCUUGAGCAAAUUUCAUUGCAAAUCUAGCUGUAUUUCAUUUACACAUUGGUUUAAAGUCACGCUUGUCAUACAUUUUAGUUCUGUGCUAUGGUAAACAGACAUUACUGCCUUGUUUACAUAUAUGCUAACUAACCAAAAGUGGAUUCAGUCUUUUGGCUAAAAGCUCAGUGUGGUAAAGUGAUGAACCAAAUAUUGUAACUUUUGCUGCUGUGUACUGUGGACAGACUACAUGCAUUUUGGAUGUUUUUUUGCUGUGAUCAUAACAUGUGAAUUAUAAGCCGCAUCCAACAAGUUUAAGGAGAAUUCAAAUUUGAGAAAACACGCACAUAAAAGCUUCCUGAAUAUAGGAAUGUAUCUUUAGGUGACUAAAAGAUGUGAAAAGAUGAUAAUAAUAAAAAAAAUGACUUAAUUAUGAAAUCAUUUGAAAAAAGAAAAAUUGAACUUCCUGUUCAGUAGGGCCACAUUUCAACAACUUAUUACCAGGAACUAGUUUUCAAAUUAAUUGCGUUUGCUUUUAAUUAAAUUCUUACCUGGGCAUGUCACCAAACUGCAGUUUAUUUUUUCAUUGCCAUAGUACAACAAAAAUUUGUUCCAUGAGUGUUCUUCUUCAGAAGCGCCCAGAACAAAGGGGAUUUGUUGUUUGCUCGACCAACCACAGCCAUCCAAGGUGGGAAUCGAACCUGUGAUCCUCUGAUAACAAGCCCAGAACCAAUCAGCACUGCAUUCUGUUGUAGUUCACAUACGCAAUCCUGGUUCGUCAGUUCACAUUCAAGAAAUUGUUGUUACCUUAAGUUAAAACGAACAUAGUUUCUACUGCAGCUAUUUUUUGUGUGUAUAGAUGAAUGUUUGCUGAAGAGUUUCUUUAAUAACCAGACUUCAACAACAAGGUAACACUGCCAGUAGACUUCAAAACAAAAGCAGGCUCUGUUUGUACCAACUAAAUAUUUAUAUUUGAAAAAUUGUAAGUUUGAAAACCUAACUGUGUUGACACAAAGUUUAACUGGUCUAAACAUAACCACAUUAAAUGAGCUGUGCUUUGAUUUGCCAUCAACAAAUAUUAAAGUAAUUUUACCACACGGUUUUCAUUGUGGACAUUUUCAUCAAUCUCAGGAAAUAAAGUUUGGAUUUUGUGAAA